AUGUCAGACCACGAGGAAUCCGCUGCCCAGUCUGGGUACGACACUCCCGUCCCGGAGCUCGAUGAUCACCGUCACCAGUCGGGUUCAACCAGAGUUGAGCGCCCUCGCCGUGGCACAUUCGACAGUCUGUAUGGUGCCCGACAGCUCGAACCUGAGCCCCCCGCCCCUCCUGCGAUUGUAGUUCGCGACUUCGAGGAGGCCAUCAUCGAUGAGGAAGUAGGUGAUCUUUCACCCACUGCUCGUCGCAGUCGCCGACCUACUGUGGAUUCCACGGAUCGAUCUGUCUCGCCACCUAACUCGGUCAAGGCGUUUGCCCAGGCUCGCCGUCGAGAGCGUGAUAUGUCAUUCUCGGAACCCAACAAGCCUGAUAUCGAAGAUGUAGCCAGCCGAGCCAUGUCUAUCUCAAGCAAGCGCAGCUACCGAAGCAAGCCUCGCACCAUCGACAAUGAUGCUGCUAGCCUCUCAACCAACACAACUGCAGAGGAGGAUGUCUGCUUCCCUGUCAAGGAGAGCUAUCACAAGGACCACCUGUACAUUGACUUUGACUAUCUCGAGACCUUCAUCAAUGAGCAGGCAGCUGAACGCGCGGCUGAGCGAGCGGCUGAGCGCAACGCUACCGCUGCCGAGAAGCAGAGCUUUGAGGAUAUGCGAACUCAGCAGAAUGAAUCGCGCCUUCAGCGGAUGGUCACUGUUGAUGGUGAUAUCCUGGAACCCGUCUCGGAUGACUCGAUGACCCGUGAGAAGACGAACCAGACAGCGCAGACUCAUGCGGAGGGGUCAAUUGCUGAAAAGCAGCCUGCGCCUAUCGACCCCAACCGGUUCAGUUUCUUCUCUUCAGCAUGGGAGUCAACUAUCCACGCAGCUGAUUUUGGCGAUUUGGUUCUCCCAGGAGAAGACCUUCGAGGCCUCUUCGAGCUUCCUGAUGAAGACGAAGAUGGUGUCUGGUGGCUCAACGUCAAUGCGGCUUCCAAGGAGGAGGUCCAGAGCAUUUGCAAAGCUUUCGGAAUCCAUCCUCUGACAAUUGAGGAUAUCAUCACUCAGGAGGCUCGCGAGAAGAUUGAACUCUUCCCGUCGUACUACUUUGCCUGUUUCCGUUCUUUCUCAGUUGUCCAGGAGCCUGAUGGCAUUGAGUAUGAGCCUUUCAACACCUACGUCAUCGUGUUUCGUGAGGGCACACUGAGCUUCAGCUUUGAACCCAACUCGCACGCGGCUCAGGUUCGUAAGCGAAUCACUGCCCUCAAGGAUUAUGUCUCUCUUAGCAGCGACUGGAUCUGCUAUGCUUUGAUUGACGACAUUGUUGAUUCCUUCGGACCUGUCAUUCGCCAGAUUGAGCUUGAAGCGGAUGCUAUUGAAGACGAGGUGUUCGUCAUGCGUGAGGAUGAUUCCAAGUCGUUUCUCCGUCGCAUUGGCCGGGUUCGCAAGAAUUGCCUGGCCCUGCUUCGCCUCCUCGGUGGCAAGGCAGAUGUUCUCCGUGGUUUCACGAAGCGAUGCAACGAGAACUACAAGGUGACGCCACGGAUGGACAUCGGCAUGUACCUUGGUGAUAUCCAGGAUCACGUUGUGACAAUGGCCACCAACUUGGGACACUUCGAAAAGAUUUUGUCUCGCGCACACAGCAACUAUCUUGCUACGGUCUCCAUCAACAGCAUCGCCCAAGGAACACACACUAACGAGGUUCUGAGCAAAAUCACUUUCUUGGCCUCGAUCCUGGUCCCCCUCAACUUGGUCAGUGGUGUGUUCGGAAUGAACGUGCCAGUUCCGUUUGCAACCGUUGCCGCAAACAACUUGGCUCCUUUCUUCAGUAUCAUCAGCUUCAUGGUUUUCCUAUGCAUCAUUUUUAUGGCCUUGGCCCGUUGGAAGCGUUACAUCUAG